AUGUCAUUCCGGUCGCUACUGGAAGCGGCAAUGGGGGACGCACAAGAGCUCUCACAGGACGAAGUGGGAAGAAUUGAUGCGCAAAUGAACAUGAUCGAUGACAAUUGUCGAGAUCUGGAUGGACCUGCUGAAGAGAGCGACGAUGCAUACGAGCCACAGUCGAGUGAAGAAGAGGGCAAUGGAGCGAAAGAGGAGGAGGAGGAAGAAGAAGAUUCGGACAUUGAACGGCAGCUAUGGGGAAAGUCUCGCAAACGUAGAAGACGAGGAGGAGGUGGCCGACAGGGCCGACGACGACGACGCGGUGGUCAGACCGGCAAACGCAGUGUGACAGCCACUAAAGUGCCACCAGAGCUUGCUAAUGUAUUGGGUGAAGCUAAUAUGCUAUAUGCGUCCCACCAGUAUGACGAGGCUAUUACGUUGCUGAAGGACUUUAUCAAGAAAGCGCCAACGAUUCCAGACCCAUACCACACGUUGGGAAUGAUCUAUGAAGACCGACAGGAUCGUAUUAAAGCAUUGCAGUUUUUUUUGAUUGCUUGCACGCUAACGCCGCACGAUGCAGAGCUUUGGAAACGGGUGGGACGCAUUGCAAAGGACGAGAAAAACUUUGAUCAGGCACUGUUUUGUUUUAAAAAAGCUAGUAGCGCGGAUCCCAAAGAUAAAGAGGCUCUAUUUAGUUAUGCUGAAUUGUGUCGUGAACAAGGUGACAAUCGACGAGCAGCUGAGGUUUUUAAGAAAUUGACUGUGCUUAUACCGAAUGAUCUGUCGCUAUGGAUUCAAAUUGCUGAGGCGUACCAUUGCAACGACCAAGAAGAUGAAGCAGUUGACGCGCUUAAAAUGUGUAUUGAAAAGGCUGCAACGCUGGACCCUACGCAAAAUUUGCACACUUCAAAGUACGAGCUGAAUGCUGUGAAUAUGCUUGCAGACUUGUACAUUACACUCAAAAAGUAUCGUGAAGCCAUUGGCGUGAUUCACCACCUCCACGCACGAUAUGCUUUAGCUCAGGACCCUGACCAAGUUGAAAGCGAUCCGGGUGGGUUGCCCCUGGACAUUGCUGUGAAGUACGGUAUUUGUCACCUUUUCGAACGGGACUUUGCGACAGCUGGGUCUAUGUUUUCACAUUUGUUUGCCCAGGAUGUGGAAGUGUUUGGUGAUCUGUACCUUGAUGUGGCUGAUGCGUAUAUUGCGCUUGGAGACCAGGACCGUGAGGCAGCAGCAAUUCUUCAGCAGCUACUAGGCCGAGAAGAAUUUCCUAUAGAGCAGAUCUGGAUCAAGUUUGCUGCCUGUCACGACCGUCUGGGUGUUUACGAAACUGCUGUGGAGUAUUACGAAAAAGCGUUAGCGUAUCAACGCACAUCGCCAGAUUUGACAGUAGACCCAGAAUUGAUGCUACAGGCAAUGCAAGCCACGCGGAAGAAAAAUUGCCCGUUAAAGGGUCUCAAGUUACUGGAGACUUAUUUACCGGAGACAAUGCAUCCGCCGAUUCGGCCUUAUUGGAUCAAUACUGUACGAAAAACUAAGGACCAAGACGCUGCUUGUGCACAAGAAGGCGAGAAUGAAAAGUGUUUGAAAGAUGAUGGAGAUAGUGACGCUGACGAACUUGAAGAGGAAGUGGAAGAUGAUGAAGACGAUGCUGACGACCAGAAUAGAAUGGAAAUGACUCAUGACCCGUCGUUGUCAGUAGAUGCAAUGGAAAAUGGCAUUCGCCUGAAACUGCUGAUUGAGUGGGGCCACUUAAAAAAGCUAUCGGGCGAGGCUGAAGUGCUCUGUCAAGUCGGCAUUCCCAUCAUCCUCACAUCACUCAGCCAAACGUCGUUUCGUUUAUCUGGUCGUGUGAAAAACUCACUUGCAGAACAGCACGAUGUAAUUUCCGAGAGCGAAGCGCAGUCCAUGGGCUUUCAGGUACUGAAAUCUGAAUACCUUGUGGACAUUACGGAUUCACGACAGCGCGAAUCAUUCAUGGGGAUUGUCAUGCGCGUGGCACAGCAAAUUGUGAUUUCUCGUGCUCUUGGCGAGCAGCAAUACUACAACUUGGUAAUCGACAUUGCACAAACGCUCACUGAGCUAGGCAAAUACGUGGCAGCGAUUGAACUUCUGACGGAUGUGAAUACAUCUGAUAAAAUUUCUAAGCCUACUUUGCGCUUCGAGCUGCGCUUUUUAGCGCUUGUAAUUGCUCUUGAAUUCAAGGAGAACCGCAUGGCGUACGAGUGUGCGCGACUGAACAUCAUAGAAGACCCACAUAAUCUAGGCUAUUGGAAUUUGUUUUCACGCGUGAUCAGUAUCACUGGUGUAUUUUCGUGGCAUCAGAAAUUCUUGGCAAAGCUGCUGCGUGAUGCUCCUGAGAGCUAUCCAGCCAUUUUACUUGCUGGCCACCAAUCAUCAGCCUGGGAUAUCGCAUCGCUGACGGUGGGUGAGCUGACGCUUGCUCACCAGAAGCACCCAAACGAUCCUCUCACUAUUUUCUGCAUCGGUCUCGCCUUCCUAUCUGCAUCUAUGCAGCGAACGAUCAACGAUAGGCAACACACUGUGGCAAAGGCUUUUGCAUUCUUGCAACAGUACGAGCGCGUCCGUAUUGCAGCCCCGAGUGACAUUCCAUCGGACAUUCGUCAGAUUGAGGCUUGGUACAACAUUGGUCGCGCUCACCAGCAACUGGGUUUAUUUCAUCUAGCCAUACCAAUGUAUGAGCGGGUGUUACGUGUUCUUGAGACGAGCAAGGAGCAGAAGCGUGAGGUGCCACCCGAGUAUUUACUCUGUAAAGAAACAGCCUACAAUCUAUCGCUGAUUUAUAAGCAAAGUGGGGCCAAUGAUCUGGCGAGAUACCUUAUUGCAAAGUAUUUAACAAUUGGGUAG